GUUGGACUGUAUCAGUAAUUAAUUAGUAGUGUUGUGGAAAGUGAACAUCUAAAAAAGAUAAGAAUUAAAAAUGGAGAAGGUGAUGACUUCUUUACUAGAAAUGGGAUUUCCUCAACAGCGAAUUGAACUUGCUAUUGCAAGAACAAACAGCCACGAUUUGCAACUACUCAUGGACUGGAUGAUGUCCCAUGAAGAAGAGUUGGACGCAGCUUCUGCUGCAGUUGCUGAUGAAAAUGCUCCAUCUACUUCAUCGCUGGAAAGACCAGCACGAACUGAAACUGCUGGACUAUCUAAAUCCGCCAAAGCUUCCGAACUCACCGAGGGCUAUGAAAUCACAGGAAGAAUUGGAGCUCUAGCAAUUGAAGAAUCAGAUGAGGAAAUCGAAGAGUGUGUACUAGCUACUGUGACUCGAUCUUUUAUAUGCGAUGAAUGCGGAGAUGAAAGAGUUUUCGAAUCAACUGAAGAAAUUGAGUUGCACACUGAGGAAUCAGGUCAUGAAAAUUUUACUGAUUUGAUGGAAGAGAGAAAGCAACUGACAGAAGAUGAAAAGAAGGAAGAAUUGGCUCUACUGGAAGCUGAGCUGAGGCGUCGUCGAUUAGAAAAAGAAGCAAGAGAAGAUGAGGAAGAUUUAGCUUUAAAAAAGAAAUUGAUCAGAAUCAGGGCUGACAUAAGAAUUUUGGAAGCCAAAAAGAAAUAUGAGGAGUCGGAGAAGCAAAAAAAUAUACAGGAAAGCAAGAAAGAUAAGAAAGACGCUCUUGCUGCCAAGCGAAGAGUAAGAGAGCAAAUUGAAGCGGACAAAUUGGAGAGGAAGAUGAAAUUUGGUGAUGCUCCUGCUGUUGUCAAUGAACCCGUGGCUACGAAACCAGAAGUUCCUGCAAAGAAGCUCUCCGAGAAAUCUUCUAAAGUUAAAUUACAUAUUCGUUUACGGAACGGUACAACCUUGGUGGAAACUUUCGGUAUAAAAGAACCUCUCGCAUCGGUGCGUGUUUUUGUUGAAAUGAACCAAUCGGACGGCCCAUUCAACCUGAUGACCACAUUUCCGAAAAAAGUUUUCACCAGUGAAGACUACGAAAAACCAUUGGAAGCUUUGGGUUUGGCACCUGCGGCUCUACUUAUUGUCACAAAGCCCUAAAAUAAGCGUUUGCCUGUUUUUUUUAUUAAAUAUACUACUGAGGGCAAGUUUUUUUUUUAAAUUAUAUAUAAAUAAUUAGAUUAGGGAAUUUCCUGGCUAGACUUAAGAUAAUGAAGUAAUAGAUUGUGAGGAUUCGGCCAAUUCUUAUUAUUAUUUUUUUAAUCUCUUUUUUUGUAAAAGCUUUCGCAAUUCUCCAAUUGCAUUUUGUUUUUUUUUUUUUAUAUAAUUCAACAAGAAAUCAGAUCAUCAAUACUUUGAAAUUGGCAAGUAUUUUUUAGGUUUGUUAUUGUCGCUGACGGGAAUUUUGUUGGAACAUUCACUUUUCUGUACCGAACUUCAACCACACAAGGGUACGUUUUUAUAAAAAAAAAGAAUUGGCCGUAUCGCCACAAAUCAUUAAUUCACUAUAAAUAAUUAUGUAUUUUUUGUUUUGUUUUUGUAAUUCAACGAGAAAUCAGAUCGAUACCUUGAAAUUGGGAGGUAUUAUUUAGGUUUGUCAUUGUCGCUAAUGGAAAUUUUGUUGGAACGGAUAUUGCUUUAAAUUAUCAAUAAAUAUAUGUAUUUCUUGUGUAUGUAUAUAUUUAAAUUAUCAAUAAAUAUAUGUAUUUCUUGUG